AUGGCCCAUGCCACAAAAGCUGCACACAUCCUCUUGCAAAACUACCGAGAAAAGAGAAUUCGGAAAAAAACGCCAAAUCUUUCUCAAAAAAACUUGUUCGCGAAUUAUUCGCAAUUCGCGAAUGAUUCGACUAAAAAAACGGCACUCACGGUCGCGGAUUCGCGGCCGAGGCUCGCCGCCCGCAUCGUCGCCGCGCUCGUCGUCGCGGAUUCGCGGCUGAGGGUCGCGUCGUCGUCGCUCUCGUCGCCGAACUUGUCUGGGUUGUCCUCCUCCUCCUCCGCCGUCCUGGCCGGCACCGGAAGCAAGAGCCGCCGCGACGGCAGAUGCCCUCUCGUGCCGUCCGCAGAAAAAAGAGGAAAAGAAACAGCCGGACGUGUCAAGCUUGGAACAUGGGGUGGAAAUCGGGGAGCUCUUCACGACAUCGAUGGUUACCCUACACGCCUGUCGAAGAUUGUAAUUCAUAGCGGUCAUGCGGUCGAUUCGCUCUCAUUUGAGUAUGAUCGAGACGGAAAGACAUUUAAGGCCGGCCCAUGGGGUGGUUCUGGAGGAGACCCCACUAAGAUCGAAUUUAAACCUGGCGAGUAUCUGACUGAGAUAAAGGGCACCGUCGGCACAUUCGCCGACAUCGACAAUUUGGUGAGAUCGCUCACUUUCGUCACCAACGUUAAUAAGUCGUACGGGCCAUUUGGAGUGGAGCAAGGAACUCGCUUCUCCGUUCCCGUUGCGCAUGGUCGGAUCGUUGCCUUGUAUGGACGCUCUGGCACGUACCUUGAUGCGAUCGGGGUUUAUCUGAUGCGUAACUGA